CACCCCCCCCAUACCCCCCCUCCCACCCCCCCGCGCAUGUCGUCGCCUUCCUCCCCUCGCUCUUGCCCCCGCAUCUCCUCGCUCCCCGCCGCGCCCUCACAUUAAUGGAGGAGGCCGAUCUCUGAUGGAGGUAACAGUCGGCUAACCCACCACCGCGUUACUUGGCUUGGAGUAGAUUAGUUCUGUUUCGGUUUCUUCGAUCCCACCCGGUGCGGCAUUCUGUGGGUCGUGGAUUUGGCGUGGGGAGGAAGCUGGGUCUGGGUGAAGAUUUGUGGUGGAAUCUGCCGGGGAAUUGAUGGUGGGGCUCAUGGAAUGGGUGCAUGACUGGUUGCUGUGGGACGCCUUCUUGGAGUGCGGAGGGAUCAUGAGGCCGCCGAUUAGAUAGCGGCGGGAGAAGAAGAGAGGGAGGACAGCAGGCGGAGGCCGCCAUUCGCACCAACCACCCCGAGGCUCGAGUCACCAGCCAUGGGGGAAGACCUCGUCACCACCCUGUCCAUGGAGAACGGCGUGGGCGGCGGCCACCACGGCCCCUGCACGCUCCUCUCCAUGGACCCGUCCGGACACCUCGCCGCGCCGGACGACCGCGCCGUCGGCGUCAUGGUGCAGGCCCUCAUCGGAGGGGCCGGCGGCGUCGGCGCGCGCGCCCACGCCGUGUCGCCCUCCGGCGCGCCUCCGCCGGACAUCAACCAGCCGUGGCAGACGGACCUCUGCGACAUGCUCGGCGUCGGCCUCGGCCAUCAGGUGUACAGCGCCGAGGCUGUGCUGAGCUGCGUCGCUCCCAAAGCCGGGAGCCGGAAGGCCGCCAAGCGCGGGGACAGCAUCUGGGGCGCCUGGUUCUUCUUCACCUUCUAUUUCAAGCCCCUGCUGUCGGACAAGUGCAAGGACAAGGUCGUCCGGGACACCAGCGGCGUCUCGGGGUUCGACAAAUCUGACCUCCGGCUCGACAUGUUUCUGGUGCAGCACGACAUGGAGAACAUGUACAUGUGGGUGUUCAAGGAGCGGCCGGAGAAUGCCCUCGGGAAGAUGCAACUGAGAAGCUACAUGAACGGGCACUCCCGGCCUGGUGAGCCACAGUUCCCCUUCAGUGUCGACAGGGGAUUUGUCCGGUCGCACCGGAUGCAGCGCAAGCACUACCGGGGGCUGUCAAACCCACAAUGUAUUCAUGGGAUUGAGGUGGUGAGGUCACCAAAUCUUGCAGGGCUCACUGAGGCAGACCUGAGAAGGUGGGCAGAGCUUACAGGGAGGGAGGUCAAUUUCAUGAUCCCACAGGAGGCCAGUGAUUUUGGGACAUGGAGGACCAUACCGAACUCAGAGCUUGAGCUUGAGAGGCCACACCCUGUCAUGAAGAGCAAUGGUACCCAAAACCCAAAGAAAUCAGGCUUGAAUUUGUCAUCGCCGUCCAAUCAUUCAGGCGAAGAUGGUAUGGAUCUGUCCCCUGUUAGCAGCAAGCGCAGGAAGGAAUUAUCCCCACAAGCUAUGGAUGAGGAGGUAUUCUUGCUGGUGAAUUCUUGCAAUCAGAAGACACAACAAGACGUGGAGAUGCAUUCAGCGGUGCAACCUUCAUGGCUCCAUGGGUUUGCUGGGGUAAUGAGAAAUGCUCGUGGGCCAGUGACUGCCGCCAAGUCCAUCUAUGAGGAUGAGCAGGGCUACUUAAUAAUGGUCAGCUUGCCAUUUGUUGAUCAGCAGAGGGUGAAGGUUUCGUGGAGGAACACUCUGACUCAAGGCAUUGUGAAGAUCGUUUGUGUUAGUACUGCAAGGAUGCAACAGAUAAGAAGACAUGGUAGGAUUUUCAAGCUUUCGGAUCCUUCUCCCGAGCAUUGCCCUCCUGGGGAUUUCAUUCGUGAAAUACCUCUAGCUACUCGCAUUCCUGAAGAUGCUAAGUUGGAGGCAUACUUUGAUGAGGCUGCUUCAGUGCUUGAGAUCAUGGUACCAAAACGAGGAAAUGAACCUGAAGAGCAUGAAGUUAGGGUCUCUCUGCGACCUCCUCACUUCGGAGCUAAUGAUCUACUUUUGACAUAAACUAAGUAAGGCCUACGCACCAUGUGGCAUCUUGUUUGUAACCCCAGAUUAAUGCUGAAUAGCUCAGAAUCAAGGUUUCAGUAUGCCUGUUCUCUGCCUUUUCCUUUUGUGCAUGUGCUGUGCAAGUCUCUUCAGUAACAGACUUGGCUGAAGACUAGUUUGUUCUAGUUGUGUUAUGGGUGUAUUUUUAACCCUCUUGUUUACAGUUGUGGUGGGAUUUCUGAUUUAGAUUUUGUACUAAGUUCAGUUUAAAAUAAUAAAAAUCUGAGUUGUUACAUA